AUGUUGUCCCACUGCGCAUCCUCAGCUUCUCAGUAUACAGUUCCAAGUUCAAAAGGCAUUAAGGUGACAAGCACACUAAGUGUUGUAGAAUCGAACCUUCUUCCAAGUGCCUUCUUGGCACGUCCGAUCAAGAUAGUGGCUAUCGGUACCGGAAUUUCCGGAAUCCAAUUUGCACAUGAUGCCACAACAUCAUUGCAAAAUAUUGAUCUUGUGAUUUACGAGAGAAAUCCUAGCGUUGGAGGUACAUGGUAUGAAAAUCGCUAUCCCGGAUGUACAUGCGAUGUGCCUUCCCACACCUAUCAGUUCAACUGGUCGCCCAACCAAUCAUGGUCUUCGCUUUACCCACCAGCCCCGGAGAUUCACCAGUACUUGGAGGAUGUCACCGAUCAGCAUGACCUUCGUCGCUUCAUGAAGUUCAACACCGAAUGUAUACUGGCUGAGUGGGACGAAGAGUCUUCAAAAUGGAAAGUGGUUCUCCGUGAUGUGGUGUCUAAUGAACGGAAGACCGUUAUUGCAGAUGUAUUUGUUUAUGCCGUCGGGCGACUGAACAACUACAAAAUCCCUGAGAUUGAGGGCCAGGAGGACUUUGCUGGGAGAAAAGUACACACUGCAAACUGGCCCGCGGAUAUAGACGUCACGGGAAAGAGAGUCGCUGUGAUUGGGAAUGGAGCGAGUGCUGUUCAGUGUGUGGCAGCUUUACAGCCAGCUGCUUCCGAGAUAACCAACAUUGCUCGCGGACCAACUUGGAUUCUUCCGCAUGUGUUCUCUGCAGAUGGUGCAAUACAGCACCAAUACACAACCGAGGAGAAGCGGGAUAUCCAGUCAUGCCCUGAGCGAUAUUAUGGAUUUUGCCUCUCGUUGGAGAAGCAACUUGCAGCAGGGUUCCCAGGACUGUGGAAGGGGACCACAUCUCAGACCAAAUUCACAUCCUUAGCCUUGGCCUUCAUGAAGUCCAAGAUCAAAGACCCUGAGCUCUUGAAAUCACUGCUUCCGGCAUUUGAAGCCGGGUGUCGCCGUUUCACGCCUGGUGGUCAUUAUUUGGAUGCACUGCAGAAUCUUGUCACCGAGUCUGGUGACAACUACGAGUGUGACGUCUUGGUAUACGCUACAGGAUUCGAACCGUACAAACCACGAUUCCCUGUCAUUGGCCGUGAUGGACAAUCGCUAAUGAAAGACUGGGAUCAAGAGGGUCCUUGCGAGAGUUACAUGGCUUCGAUGGUCGCCGGUUUUCCUAACAUGUUUGUUUUUCACCCACCGACAAGUCCUGUGAAUGGGUCCGCUAUUCCUGGCAUCGAGAGGGCAAGCAACUACAUGAUUCGAGUAUUGUCUCGACUCCAAACAGACGCCCUGCGGUCAGUCUGCCUAAAAAAAGACGCUCAGAUUGCCUUCAACAAAUGGGUUCAAUCUAGAAUGCCUCAUAUGGUUUGGUCAGGGCCAUGUAGCUCAUGGUGUAAGUGGAAUAACCCUCCAAUAGCAUUGUUUGGUGAUUAA